GCCACUCGAAGCGUCCGGCGAGCAGCAGAAGGAGGAAGGAACCCUGACCAGAACCGACCUUUACGUCACAGACAACAGGCUGGACCCACAUCCCAUAAGGCUUAAUCGCCCAGAUUCUCCAGCUGGUGAGCCUUUGUUUGAGACUCUUCCCGUGUACCUGCUGGACUCGCUGCCCGUCUGGCUGUGCUGAGCGAUGAAGAUUCCACUGUGGUACCUGGUGGUGCUGCUGGCAAGUCUCUUCACCCCUGGACGCAGCGACUGCCAGGGGGAAUGUGUGGCCUGUGGUGUGCUCCUGCAGCAGCAGCAGCUGGAGCAAGUCUUCAACACCAUGGUGUGCUUGUUGGAGUGCGAGGGUCACGUCUCCUCCUCCCUCACAUGGGAGGUGUGUCGACGUGCCGUGUCCCGCCAUCCCACUCUCUCUGAGGGGGCCGCUUUGUUCAAGAGAACGGGGGAGGAGCUGCAGCUGACCUCCCUCGACCUGGACUCGGACGGCGAGCCGGCCGCCGACGAGGCGCCCUUUGAGCAACGCGGCGUCCGGUACGACUCAUCGCCGAUGGAAUCCGAGGAGGAUGGGGAGGGCCCGCGGGGUCCGGUCCUGAGUCUGCUGGCGGACGGCGAGAGGGAGGUGAGGAACGUGGGGAGUGACGGCCAGCAGGAAGGGUUGAGCGAGGACGAGGGCUCGGAGGCCGUCGUCUUGUCCAAACGCUUUGGCGGCUUUCAGAGGGGGCGCCACGGAUACAGGAAGCUGAUCGGCUCGCCCAUGAGGGCCCUACAAAAGCGCUACGGCGGCUUCAUAGGCGUCCGGAAAUCCGCCCGCAAGUGGAACAGUCAGAAACGGAUGAACCAGCUGCUCAGGCAGUAUCUGGGCAUGAGGAGCAGCCGCAGCGGCAGGUUCAACAGCGCCCCUGUAACCCGGGUUUGGAGGCAAAACCAACUGUAGUGUGUAUCCGUUUGCCCCCCCCUCCAGUUAUCUCAACCAAUCACGUUUUGUGCAGCUCACUCACACCUUGAAGAGCGCCGGCAUCGUCACCAGAAGAACAGGACUCCGCCAUCUCGCGACACCUCAGAAACAGGGAAUGUUUUUGCCGGUGAUGUCCUUCUUAUCAAGCACAUUUCAUGCCAUUCUGUAAAAAUAAAAGAAUUAGAGGAAGUGCAAUCGGAUAUAUAUUUUUGUGUGUCGGCAUCAUAAGAAAAGGGCCAAACGAGAGAUUAGAAAACUGGUUCACCGCGAGCCUUUUCACCAGAGGUGACAUUUAAAAUCAUGUUGAAUGCACUUUCAAUGUGUGGAUGGAUGCUUUGUUUGCACUGCGUGGUAUGAGAGCUGUUACUAAUGUACAGCUCUCUAUGUUACGACAUCAAAUUAAAAUUGUAUUUUGGGAUGAAACAAAUCCCAAACAAUUAUUAUUAUAUUAUUUUCAGAUUGCUAAUAAAUUAAACACAAUGGAUAUGAUUUUUUUUAUUGUAAAACUCUCGAUCUCUCCUACCCCCCUUCUAUUGUUCUCAUUGCUUCUAUCUGAGAUUUGACCCCUGAAAAAAGUAUUUCCCCUUCCCUUUAUUCCUGUAUUCUAAUUCUGCACCAUUUACACUGGUUUACAUAUAUGUAAUAUCAAUGUAAUGUUUACAUAUCAAUGUAAACCCCGCAAGUGAUGAGUUUCUCUUCCGGGAAGCAGCAGGUUGGCAGGCUCACUCCUCUCAGUGGAACAAUACUGCCCUCUAGCGUCCCCCUUGGGUACUGACUGCUAUCUCCCCUGUAAUAUUUCAUUUCUCUUUGGAUUUUUGAGAUGUCAAACAUACAGAGACACUAGAUUUAUGUCUGAUGCUGAUACGUCCUUCACUGUCAAACUUAACGAUCAGAAAAUUCCUGAGACCAGAGCUAACCAUUAUGCCCCAUUCUGACAGUAUUAUUAGUGCCUGUCUAUCAGCCGUCUAAGGGACUGUACGACAAUGAUGUGGGUGGGGGCUGAACCUUAUGGUUCCCUUUUUUAUAAAAGCAGUUAUUAAUAUUUUUUUUGGACCCUCCCACUCACCCAAAAAAAAAUAAAGCUGGCACACUAUUUCUAAAAAAAAACCCAAAACUGAAUUUGUUCAAUUAAUUUCACAAGUGUAGAGAAUUGACCCUUCGCUAAGCCCCGCCCUCAGACUGGUACAUCAUAGUGAGGGGGGUUUCAAAGGGGGUUUCAAAUAUUUAUUGUGUUCUGGCUGGUUUAGUGGAUUGGGAGCUAGUCCUGGUUAAAUGUUGUGUACUCGUGAGACUCGGUAUCCGGGGAGGAGAUAUCCAUGUCCACGUAAGCAGCUGCGGAGCUAACAUUAGCAUAGUUUACAGGGACACCGUUGUUCCUCCAUGUGGUGCUAACGUUAGCACAGUUUACAGGAACACUGUCGUCCACAUGUGGAGCUAAGGUUAGCACAUUUUACAGGAACACUGUUAUCUAGAUAAACACCUGUGGAAUUAACAUUAGCACAGUUUAUAGGAACACCGUUAUUCCUCCAUGUGGAGCUAACGUUAGCACAGUUUAUAGGAACACCGUUAUUCCUCCAUGUGGAGCUAACGUUAGCACAGUUUACAGGAACACCGUUAUUCCUCCGUGUGGAGCUAACGUUAGCACAGUUUACAGGAACACCGUUAUUCCUCCGUGUGGAGCUAACGUUAGCACAGUUUACAGGAACACCGUUAUUCCUCCGUGUGGAGCUAACGUUAGCACAGUUUACAGGAACACCGUUAUUCCUCCAUGUGGAGCUAACGUUAGCA